AAAAGGACUGGAGGGUGGACCCCAAUCGUUUAGACGCAACGGAUUCUGAACCUCUACGGCCGUUUGUUUUAUUCUCUCUCUCUCUCUCUCUCUUCAAAAGCAGUCUAGCCAGAGAGAGCCAUGGUCACCAUCUUGUAACCGCGUAACGAUCUCUUCUUAUCUUUCUUUCUCUUUUUCAGCCAACCUUCUCGUUCUCGUUCUCGUCGCAGCUUCUCUCUCUUCGUCCUCCAGCUCCUCAUCUCCUAAGCUGAACUAAGAUCCCUCAUGGCGACUCCCGGAUCUGAUGCGGCGGACAACAACCCUCCUCCUCCUGCUCCCACCGACGCCUCACCCGCGGCCAACGAUUCCCAGAAACGCGGCCGUGGUCGUCCGCCGAAGUCCAAGUCCGACGGCGCCGUUUCAGCUCAGCCGGCUAGGAAGCCAAGCGGUCGCCCGAGAAGAAACGCGGCGGUUGUUCCGGCUGCGGCGGUUGUGAAGAGCGGCCGUGGUAGGCCGAAGAGGUCGAGCACUGUGGCUGCGACGGAGUCUCAGGUGACUCCUGGAUCGAGAAAGCGUGGGAGGCCAAAGAAGGAUGACGUGGCGGCGGCGGCUCCAGCUAAGAAGCGUGGACGGAAACCUAAAACUGAGCAAGUGGCUAAGCAGAGGACUUCGAACAGGACAAGGAAGGCAACAACAGAAGCUAACACUGGGCAUGGAGCUGCAGACCCGAGAGAGUACAAGAAAAAAGCCGCACUCUUGCAAAAGAAAGUGAAGCAAGCUGCGGAUAAGUUGAAGGUAGCAGUUUCAGCAAUCGAGGAGGUCCAAAAGAUAGCGGAUGCAAUGUAGAAGACUCAUCAACAAGGGAUAGUGGAGAAGAAUGUUAUGUUUGUCUGUUUUAGGGAAAACAUUUGUUUGCAGAAAUUAAAGACUAAUUGGUUGGUUGAAGUUUGAUGUUUCAAUUUAGAGGUUUGUUUGUACGUUCGUUGUAGGAAUGGUACCAAGAAGAGAGAAAACAGCUAGUGUUAAUGGUUCGUAAGCUUUGAUGAUAUAUCUGGUGUAGCUGUGACUUUGGGAUGCUUUAACUCUUUUGCGUUGAACUC